UCGGAUAAUGAAGAAGACCAGGAGGAUAUGGAUAGCAACGACGACACCGACGACGGCAGAAGUAAUAGCGACGAAAACUCAACCUUGAAAGAUGACUUUGAUGAACAGGAUCUCCAGACAUGUACCCAAUGCUAUGACGAAUACGACGACGCCGAGAACAACAGGACCAGCUGUGUCUUCCACAUAUACCAAAGGCCUGUGCUUGACCUACAAAGCGAGGUGUGGUAUAACUGGGACGACGCCCGUAACGGCCCCAGGGAUACACCCAAGAACCGUCUGAGGUAUUCGCGAGGUUUCAAGUGGCAAUGCUGUGGCCUGUACGGUAAAAGUUCUGGGUGUCGGGUGAGCUAUCAU